GAUCCAACCGUUGCAGAGGUAAAUUCAAAGAUUUUACAGACAUACAUAGCCCAAAGAUUAGCUUGGUAUGCCGAAAUUGAGUACACAUCUGGGCAGUUAUGGGAGUUAUAUAGGGAUGAUUUCAGUAAUUGGACAUUGGAGAUGAUGAAAAAAUGUAAAGUUGAUAUACUGUAUCUCCUAAGGGACUCCUUAACCAAGAAUGGGGUAUUUGUCCCAAGAGAUAGCCGAAAGCUCGCUGUUAGAUUGCUUGAGGUUAUCAAUGAAGAACAGGAACAUGAGUGGACCCAACAAGAGAUAGAAAUCCAGAAAAAUAGAGGAGGGGUUUCUCUUCGAAAUACGAUCCACCCCUCCCGAGUUCUCUACCAAUUUCAGGAGCUGUUCAAAUGCGAGAAAUUAAGACAUAGUUUAACAGUCAUGAAAUUCAACAACAGCAACCCCAACAUGUAA